CGGCAACUCCCCGAGCUUGGCCGUUCACUACUAAAACGGGCGGCGUUUCGUCAGGCUCCGGUGGCGACUUGUUGCGACACUAGUUGCCAGCUAUUCACAAACAGGAACAUACUUACUUAGUAUGACAAACAGUUACGCGCUCGCCUGAAGAGGCGAGCACACAAUUGAUUUUUGAAACAGAGACAAUUGCGAUUUUUCUUGAAACAAGGACAAUAAAAUAUUCUUGCAAUUGUCAAGAGUAUUUUGAUACUGAAACCAAGGACGAUUGCGAGCCCCGGCUGGCCUUCCCUCUGGUAACUCCCCGUGACUGUUGGUUCACAGCUAAAACUAGCAGUGUUUCUUCAGUUCACGAUGGCGACCGGUUGAGACACUGGUCGUCAACUGCUUACACUCAAGAACAUAGAUAGCAAGGUAAACUGGUACUCGCUCGCCCGAAGAAGCAAGCGAGCGCACAAUUGAUUUUUUGAAACACAAACAUUCACCGUCACCCUAUGUUUUUGAGGAAUUUUUUUUUCCCCAAAAAAAAAGAAUUUAUCGAUAGACAGAGGCAGAGUUGUGGUUGAUCUUUACACCAAGCGUAGUUGUUGUAGUUUGUAGAAACCGUGCACCAGUACUAGCAGAAACUUUUCCAAGUGUAUGAUGAAUGGUAAAACUGAAAGCCGUGUAUAAUGAAAACCAACCGAAAGGCGUGUGUGGUGAUGUUGAUGUAGACUCUUCAAGGAACAGAGGAGAGACUAAACAGAAUGCGAACCCACUCUAUAUUUUGGAACAAAUUGCAGGAUUAAGUGAAAAAAUAAAAAAAAAAAGAAUGUAUGAGCGCCUAGGUGAUAUGUAGUGAGGUCAAC